GAACCUGCAUUCAAGCAUGUACGCCUUAGCUGCUUGCCAAAAAAGGACCCGGACAGGUGACUUAGUCAUGUGAAAAACUGCAUUUUGGAAGUUCCUGCACACAAGGAGAACAAUGGAAUUCCCUCCAGCUGGGCAAGGGUAUAAAAAGGGGCCCAGAGUUUCCUCCAUUUGUCGUCACUCCAGCUCAUCAGGUCAGAAGCAGUUUUGCCAUGAAUUGGGCCUGGAAGGACUGAUGCCCCCUCCUAGCACAGGAUGUAUUCCAGAGACUUAUGAGACAGCAGACUUUCCACCUCGGCUAUAAGCCUGCACCAGGAACUUUGCAACUGGCGUACGUAAAUCCAGCCCAGGAAAGGUACUGGCUUCAUGUCAGCUCUGACGCUAGCAGACUUGCCCUCGUCUGGAAAUACGGUGGGAUCUACAUGGACACCGAUGUCAUCUCCAUGAGGCCUAUUUUAAUGGAAAACUUUGUGGCGGCCGAGGCAUCCCAGGUCUCCGGAAGUGCGAUUUUUGGCUUUUCUCGCCAUCAUGGGUUCCUCUGGGAUUGCAUGGAGGAUUUUGUUCAAAAUUACAAAGGAGACAUUUGGGGAUACCAAGGGCCCAGCUUACUAACAAGGAGGCUCAAAGCGUUGUGCACCCUAACCGAUUUCCAUAACGUAGAGGAUAUAAACUGUCAAAACAUUUCCUUCCUGCAUCCUCAGCGUUUCUACCCCAUCCCCUACUCGGCUUGGAAUCGGUACUUUGAAGUCUGGGAGAAGAGCUUCAACUUCAACAACUCCUAUUCCCUGCAUCUGUGGAACUACAUGAACCGGGAACACAAGCCUGUGGUUGCAGGAAGUAACACCUUAGUGGAAAUUCUCUUCAAAACAUACUGUCCCACCACGUACAAGGUCCUUAUUCAAGGCCCAGAAGGCAGUGUUCCAUAGGCAACAAAUCAAGACUGAAUGACGGCAUUAGCAGAACAACGUGACUCUUCCAGCCCUGACAGCCCUGGGACUAAAUCAAUUGUGCACAACACGGAUCUCCUCUGAGUCAGUGACUCCCAGCCCUUUUCUGUCUGUGAGUGACUUGGUAGGAGAGAACCACUCAGAAUCCAUCUCUUCUCCCAAGGUUCUCCAGGAGUGAAUGAAAUCAGUAGGCAAGCAAGGGUGUAAAUACCAUUGUGGAUGACUUGACAAGCACCUAAGUGAUCUGGGAGCCUGAGUACUAGUGUGAAAGGUCACAUUGGCUUUGGGGUCCAAAGCACCUCUGAAAAUCAGGGCGACUCAGGAACCAAAGGGCCAGAUGUUCACAGCGUUUAAUGCCUAGAGAUGCCCCUAAGUGUACUAGAAAAUCCCAUUGGGCAUCUGUCCUCCCCCUCAGGUGCCUCAAUGCCUUUCAGAAUUUGUUCCUUUAGAUGUCUUUGGAAAUUUUGCCUAGCCGCUUGCUGCGAGUGUCUAUAGCACCCUGUGCAAUGAGCCUGAGGCUUCGCCCUGCUACUGUAAUAUUGAUGUUCAGUAACUGUGAAUACAAUAACGCUCCAUGAACAACAGCCCACACCUCCCGCACCCUCCAGAUGUUCACUACGAUUGUUUCAAGUAUCAGAGGGGUAGCCGUGUUAGUCUGAAUCUGCAAAAGCGACAAGGAGUCCUGUGGCACCUUAUAGACUAACUGAAGUG